AUGGCCGAUCCACAACAGCAACAGCAGGAUGAGGACCUAAUCUUAAGCUUCUUCCCUGAUCCUCCCCCAUUUUACCGGCACUUUACCGCAGAGAACCGGGAGCGCUUGGGCGAGAUUGAGAAGGAAGCUGCAACUGGUGAUGGUGAACUUGCAACUUCUGCCCUUGGAUCAUAUCUCUCCGCAGAGCAGAUCCUUGCCCUCCCGACCGAGCUUCGAUAUCUCAUCCCACCCGCACCGCCCGCAGACGAUGAAGAGUUCAAGGUCUUUGGCGAGGCGACGAAAGCGAAGGGAUCAGAUCUCUUUAGCAAGAACAUGGAGCUUAUAAGUCACAGGAUGAAAGAAGAGGGUGUCUUACAAGAUUGGACAUACGAGCAACUCUACCACACCACACCCCCCUCUCAACCCACCACGACAUCCACACCCACAACGCUCGACCGCCAAAACUACCUCUUCCGCUUCCUACGCUCCAUGCUCCUCUCCUACAUCUCGCUCCUCGGCCUCGUCGCUAUCGACCCCGUCUCCCCCGCCAAAGACGACCAAAUCGCACAUAUCCUGACCAUGGUGACGAAUAUGCAUGCCCUGAUAAAUGAAUAUCGGCCGCAUCAGGCGAGGGAAACACUGAUUGCAAAAAUGGAGGAGCAGCUCGAGCGGAAAGUGAAGGAGGUCGAGGGCGUGAGGAAGGUAGGAGAGAGGGUUCGUGGGGUGCUAGAGGGGUUUAAGAAUGCAGUUCCGGGUGAGAAGGAUGAAGCCAAAGUGGCUGAUACUAUUGUAAAUGACGAGGAUAGGGCUCAGAUGACUCAGGCACAUAUGUGGGGGUCUGUGGAUGAAAUUUUAGGG